AUGGGCGUGAAACGAGAUUUGGAUUUCUUUUUUCCAACCGAAACCACUACCUCCGAACUUGGUAGUGAUGAUGAUGAAAAUCUUAACCAAAAUCAUCAUCAACCAAUUUCUAAAAAGACAAAAAUCAUGGGGCAAGUCAUUUUGGCUGAUGAGCUGGAUACUUAUGAGCUGGAUGUCGAGACUCUGGUCGUCAACUCUUUUGAUCAUCAAUAUGAUGAUCGUGAAGAUGAUCGCAAAGAUGAUAAGCCUGAUGUCCUUUCACUUCAGAAUAACUACAUAAAGGAGCAGAUGGAUUCGGCAUCGUCAAAGAAUAUCAUCCCUUUUGAAGCCGAUGAUGAAGAGUCAUGUUCAAGCGAAGAUGGCUUUGAUGAUGCUGAUUUUGAUCACUUGUUUGAAUCGAAUGAAGAAGAAAAUGAAUUCGAAGAAGUUCACGAACCCAGCGACUCCUAUAUUUGUUAUUGUGGUAAAAGGGUUGAGGCUUGUAUUUGCCGAUUUGUGUAA